AUGAGUUUGUUUAAAUUUAUUGAAAAACUUAUAAACUGGUUCUACAGCCUCAUAGGAUUCUUCUGUAUUGAUUUGAAGGGCUAUGAAGAUAUUCUACCCGUAGAAGUUAUAAUGAAGCCUGGGAAUUCGUAUGUUAUUGAGCUUAACCGUGGAGAACAUUUGGAAACCUCUCUCUUUGGUGUAAAAAAAGGUGAUAAGGUGACAUUCAAGAAUGGACCAAGCCUAUACGGUGAGCAGGUGAAGGUUUACACGGAAUUGCCUAAGAAAGGUAGCUAUUUCUCGAGGGGAUGUUACCAUCAAAAUCGAGAGGUAACCUGCUGGUUACCAGGAGCAUUCCGCUAUUAUUUUACCACUGGAAGUGAUGGGAAGGAGGUAGGCUCCGGUUAUAUUAAUGUUGAGCCAGAGAUCCUGUUGGGAGACGAGCCAUUACCGUUAGAAUGCAUUCAGUGCAUCACCGUACUGGCAAAGUGCCUCGGACCUUACGGAAGUUGGCUCGAUAGACUAGCUGCUAUAAAAGAAAGUGGAUACAACGCAAUACACUUCUCACCUGUCCAGGAACUCGGUUCUUCUGAGUCUGGAUAUUGUCUCCGAGAACAGUUAAAACUGAAUCCUACGUUUGCUGAAGACCAGAAUCCUAUGUCUUGGGAACAGUUGUCUAAAAUAGUUUCUACAUUGAGAACGGAUUGGAAGAUGCUGACGGUCUGUGACAUAGUGCUCAACCAUUCUGCCAACGAGAGCCAAUGGCUGCAGGACCAUCCGGAGUGUACUUACAAUCUUGAGAAUAGCAAACACUUGAGACCUGCAUAUUUGCUUGAUGCAGCCCUAGCAAAUGUUAGCAAGACUGUCGCUUCGGGAGUACUCGAGUCUUAUGGAAUCUCAUCUUACAUAACUACUGAAGGCAACCUGGAAGCUCUCCGUUUUCACUUGGCUGCCAGAGUGAUCCCUCAACUCAAGUUGCAUGAGCUAUUCAUGGUAGACGUUCGGUCUUAUGUCAGCAAGUUUCAGGACAUGGUCAGUCAGAACGAACCUUCACGAAGGACAGAGUCAGGAGAACCUUUGAUGAUGAAAAUUAUACAGGAUCCAAAAUAUCGAAGACUAGGAUCAACGAUUGACUUGGAUCUUGCAGUCUCUUUGUUUAACAUUUAUAGGUCCGAUUGUUAUGAUGAGGAUACAAGAAGACGCCGUUGUGCUGAGGCUUUCAAAGUAUGCCUAGAAGAACUCAAUGCGAAGAUUAAAUCAGAAAUAAAAUCACAUUUAGUUGCUGCAGUUGAAGCAUGCAUAGCAUCUGUCCGGUAUUUUAGAGUACAAAAGAACGGUCCGAAAUUAGGGCCGGUGAAUGAGGAAAAUCCUCUAUUUCCAAGAUACUUCUUUUGCAAUGGUCUUGAGAGCGAUAAUGCUGAGAUAUUGGGAUACGGCGACACUGCAAAAAUGAUUUGGGCCCACAACGGUUGGGUAAUGAAUUUCGAUCCCGAAAUGGACUUUGCUGAAGAGGGAUCACACAUUUACCUGAGGCGUGAGCUGAUUCCUUGGGGAGACAGUGUCAAGCUUAGGUACGGAGAAAAGGAAGAGGAUUGCCCAUUUCUUUGGUCCCAUAUGAAAGAGUAUGUUGAACAGACUGUUAAAGUGUUUGAUGGUGUGAGGCUCGACAAUUGCCAUUCGACACCGCUUCAUGUUGCACAGUAUCUGUUGGAUGCUGCUCGUAAAAUUAAGCCUGAUUUGUACAUUGUGGCUGAAUUGUUCACCAAUUCUGAUCUUACUGAUAAUGUUUUCGUGAAUAAAUUAGGGAUCACAUCAUUGAUAAGAGAGUCGAUGUCCGGUUGGGAUUCACACGAAGUCGGAAGACUGGUGUACAGGUACGGUGGUGACGUGGUUGGCUCUCUGCUCAGCGGGACGAGGCGGCCGCGUAAACUCGCUCCUGCUCUGUUUUUCGACAUGUCCCAUGAUAACCCUCAUCCUAUCGAUAAGAGGACUAUUUAUGAUGUCAUUCCUUCUUCUGGUUUAGUUGCGAUUGCAGCCUGUGGUACUGGAUCAACUUUUGGCUAUGACCAACUUGUCCCGCAUCAGGUUGAUGUUGUAAAAGAGGGUAGGCUAUAUAUGGCCAGGUCAGACGCAAGGUUUUCCAAAGGCAUCAUGGAUGUGAAGAAAGCCUUAAACAAACUUCACUUUAGCCUGGUGAAAGAUGGCUUCUCCCAGGUUUUUGUGGACCAACUGACGAGUGAUAUUGUUGCCGUAACAAGAUACAACCCGCUUACAAUGGAAUCGGUAAUACUGAUCAGCUACACAGUGUUUUUUAACCCCGAUCCUGCGGCUUCUGGAUCUGGCCAUGGCAUAACCAUUCCUGGAAUGGCCCACUCAGUUCUUUUACAAGCUCGAUUGGUAUACAAGCCUGAUAAAGACAAGUAUGUCAUGCCGACAGCUAAAAACAAAUUCAGCGAUGCUAUCAACGGCCUAACUGAUUAUGAAGUCUUGAUGUCGGAGAGAGUUAGCAUUGACAACUGUCCAAUGCUUCAGGCUACUCCGACCGGCUCAUCCGUGCGCCUCAACCUCACGGACAAUUUCAAGCCAGGCUCUGUUCUCGUAAUCAGAGUUAUCAGUCGUAAUAGUAGCCGAGCUGCAGCCGACAAGUUGAGAAGCAAAUCAGUCGAAAUUGAGAAGGCUGUGUUUCGAUUAGGUCUGACCGAUAUUAACUUUGCCCUAUUCCGAUGCGAUGGAGAAGGCGGUUCAGUCUAUCACGUUCCCGGUCAUGGCAACCUUGUCUAUCAAGGGCUCCAGGGUGUAAUGUCCUUGUUGGAAGAAAUCGCUGCAAAAGAUGACCUCGGCCACCCGCUUUGUGCUAACUUAAGAGCUGGUCCCUGGCUUGGAGACUACAUGGUCAAUAGGCUGAAAUCUAGGCCUUCCACAAACUAUCUAGGUGAUCUGAUCCAGAAAGAACUGAAAAACAUUUCGGAACUGCCGACUGGAAUCAAACCUUGGGGUUAUUACAAGGUCUUCUCGCAGGUUCAUAGCGUUCUCGUUUCAAGAGCUCUCUCUCUUUUAUCCACUUUUGCCCAAGAAGGUGACGAACUUACUAGGCUGUUAUCUUUGUGUUCGGUGCAAAUGGUAGCAGAGGUCUCCAGCCUGCCGCCGCUCUGCGAGAGUGUCUUGCACAGCAACACUGCGCUAUCUAACGGCAACGCUGACCAAGUUUCUGUAGCGACCCUAGCUGCAGGACUACCACACUUCAGUAACGGAUUAAUGCGUUGCUGGGGCAGAGACACUUUUAUAGCCCUUCGAGGACUCCUGCUGUUAGCUGGAAGGUAUCAUGAAGCGAGGUGUCAUAUCUUGGGAUUUGCUGGCUGCUUACGACAUGGCUUGAUCCCGAACCUUUUGGACGGAGAAGGCCUGAAUCCUCGCUACAACUGCCGAGAUGCUGUUUUCUGGUGGCUAUACAGCAUUAAAGAAUACUGCCUCCUUGCACCAUCGGGCACCGACAUCCUGAGGGACAGCGUUAACAGGCUUUAUCCUAAGGACGACACGCCAAAGCCUCUCUUUGUUGAACAACAGCUGAGUGAGGUAAUCCAGGAGGCACUGACGGUCCAUUUCCAAGGCCUGACAUUUAGAGAGAGGAAUGCAGGGCAUCAGAUUGAUGAGCAUAUGGUCAGUGAGGGUUUCGACAACCAGAUUGGUAUCCACCCUCACACAGGUUUUGUUUUUGGUGGUAAUGAAUGGAACUGUGGUACCUGGAUGGACAAAAUGGGGUCUAGUGUUGAAGCAGGCACCAAAGGGAAGCCCGCAACCCCUAGAGAUGGCUCCGCCGUCGAGAUGGUAGGCCUCUUGUAUUCCGUUCUCAAAUGGUUGGCAACCCUUUCUGACCUGGGAGAAUACCCUCAUCGGGGAGUCAGUAGGCUCUCCAAAGAUGGUGUGGCUGUCACCUGGUCUUGGAAGGAGUGGUCACAAAAAAUAAAAGAUAACUUUGAGGAGGAGUUCUGGGUUGGGGAGGAUUGUACCAACCGCUAUGUCAAUCGCCGUAACAUCUACAAGGAUACGUGCGGUGCCAAGCAUGAAUGGGCUGACUAUCGUCUGAGGCCUAACUUCACUGUAGCCAUGGUUGUGGCGCCUGAACUAUUCAGUCGAGAGCAUGCAGCCUUGGCCUUGAAAACAAGUCGCGUCUUGGAGGGUCCUCUUGGGACGAAGACCCUUGACCCCUCUGACCUGGCUUACGCUGGCAACUAUGACAACGACAAUAACUCUUCAGAUUACAGGGUAGCGAGAGGAUACAAUUAUCACCAAGGACCGGAAUGGCUGUGGGUGAGCGGCUAUUAUUGGAGGGCUAAGUUGAUGUUCAGCGAGGGCAGUGACAGGCUGGCAGCUCUCAAGGAGGCCAAGCAGUGGCUUGGAAGAGCUUGGACGCACCUGAGGAGUUCACCGUGGCGAGGGCUGCCAGAACUGACGAACAGCGAUGGGAACAUCUGCUACCACUCGUGUCCCACCCAAGCCUGGUCGGCGGCUACCUUUCUAGAGGUGCUGUACGAUUUGAAAAAGAUGAAAGCGUGA